AUGCUUUUCCGUAUUAGUAGCUUGAUCCUCUUCAUGAAAGUAGAAUUCCUUCAUCUUGAAGGUGAGCAGGCGGGGUGGGGGGAGAGGGGGCGGGAGCUGCAGGUGCUAACAGCACAGCACCUGUUUUUGCUCCUUUGUUCCGCCAAAACUUCCAAGUCCACCAACUCGGUCCUACAGACCCUGCCGCUCAGCGCGGGGCCAAGGUGCCCGCCUCUGCCUGGCUCCGCCCAGCGCGGGAAGUCCCACACCUGCCGCCAUCCACGCACGGGUCCGCUACCUCUGUGCCUGCCAAUGCUGCUGCUGCUGCUGUUGCUGCUGCUGCUGCCGCUGGGACCCGAGCCGGGAUGCACAGCGGCCUCCAGGUCACAUGUGCAACGGCGUGGGAUUCUGGAUCUGGCAGGGACCGUGAACUGUGUCGGCACCCGAAACCCCAUGGCCUAUGUCGACUACGGCUGCUUCUGUGGCCUGGGUGGCCACGGCCAGCCCCGCGAUGCCAUUGACUGGUGUUGCCAUCGCCAUGACUGCUGUUACAGCCGCGCGGAGGAGGCUGGCUGCAGCCCCAAGUUGGAGCAAUACCCCUGGCAGUGUGUCAAUAAGCAGGUCCAGUGUGGACCAGCAGAGAACAAAUGCCAGGAACUGGUGUGCAAAUGUGACCAGGAGAUUGCCAACUGUCUUGCCCAAAAUGAGUACAACUUAAAGUACCUCUUCUACCCUCAGUUUUUAUGUGAGGAGGACUCGCCCAAGUGUGACUGA